GAUUUUGCACAAUUAAGGAAAGAAUGGACAUGGUUCCAUUAGGAGUGAGAAAGGGUGCUUGGACUGAGGAAGAAGACUUUCUUCUUAAGAAGUACGUUGAGAAACAUGGAGAGGGGAAGUGGCACCAAGUCCCCCACAAAGCAGGAUUAAACAGAUGCAGGAAAAGUUGUAGGCUGAGAUGGUUGAAUUACUUGAGGCCAAAUAUUAAAAGAGGGAAUUUUACUAUGGAUGAAGUUGAUCUCAUUAUUAGGCUUCAUAAGUUGCUUGGCAAUAGAUGGUCGCUAAUUGCAGGUAGACUUCCGGGAAGAACAUCGAAUGAUGUCAAGAAUUACUGGAACGUCCAUCUCCACAAGAAACCAAAUGAUCAAAUUCGGGAAGAUGUACAGAAAUCGGAAAUGACACAGAGCACGAUGGAAAAAGCCAAAGUCAUACGACCUCGACCUCGUACCUUCUCGAAGAAUCUACAUUGCUUGAUGGGUAAAACUGUCAUUACAGAUAAAACUGAUCAGACGAAAGAGAAUCUCUCCGAGCCAUUCCAAACUCCUUCACUGGGAGAUGAUGACGGAAUAUUGUGGCGGGGUAACAUGUUAUCUGAUCCUGAUAUUAACAUAAGAAUGAUGACAUGGACCAAUGAAGAAGUGAUUAUGGAGGGUGGGGGCGAAAAGGAAAAAUCAAGUAUGCAGGGAGCUGGUAGGGAUCCUUUCAGACUUCCAAGAAGAACAUCGAAUGAUGUCAAGAAUUACUGGAAUACCCAUUUGCACAAGAAACCGAAUGAUCAAAUUCGGGAAGAUGUACAAAAAUCAAAAAUGACCCAAAGCACAAAGGAAAAAAUCAAAGUCAUACGACCUCAACCUUGGACCUUCUCGAAGAAUCUACCUUGGCUAAUGGGUAAAACUGUUAUUUCGGAUAAAACUCAAACGAAAGAGAAUUUCUUCGAGCCAUUCCAAACUUGUUCAUUGGGGGAUGAUGACGGAAUAUUGUGGUGGGAUAACAUGUUGUCUGAUCCUGAUGUUAACCAAGGAAUGAUAACAUGGACCAAUGACGAAGUGAUUAUGGAGGGUGGGAGCGAACAGGAAAAAUUAGGUAUGCAGAGAGCUGGUAGGGAUCCUUUCAGAUGUGUUCAAGAAGAUCAAAGUGGUUGGAGUGAUUUUUUUAUGGACAAUAUGGACCUUUGGGAUAUUUUGGGAGAUGAUCUCAUGUAGAACAUGGCGCUUUAUUUUUCUCUGAAAUG